CGCUGCUGUAACCUGUCGGCAGCCAAAACCAAAUUCUACUUUGAUUGUCUCACCGUCAAUUAGGGUCAUAUUUUGUAGUCACCUCCCUUCACUCCCGCCAUGGCCUUCGAACAGAAAGGCGACGACUGGAGCGCGAACGCCAAAUCAUACAACGCUCUUCCUCAGGAUGACGAGUCUCCGAUCACUCGUCCGAGCAUGGUGCUUGUCAAGACACUCAACCACGCCCUCCCAAUCGCCGAAGCAACCGCCAUCCUAGACGUCGGCUGCGGCCCAGGAACGACCAUCGGCAUGCUGAUACGACAGCUGGGUUCGCAGAUCCCUCCGAAUGCGCGCCUCAUCGCGUCGGACUUCAGCGCGGGCAUGAUCGAGCAGCUCGAAGAACGUAAGAAGACGGCAACAGAUCCGCUCUGGAACCGAAUCGAACCACUGGUAUCGAAUGCAGAAGAUCUAGCCGGCAUUUAUGACUCUUCAAUCAGCCAUGUCAUGGGCAGUCUGGUCUACAACCUCAUUCCCGACAGCCAAAAAGCUCUUGAAGCGGCAUAUCGCGUGCUCAAGCCCGGUGGUGUAGCUUGCAUGUGCACCUGGGUAACUCUUGAAUGGAUGGACCUCAUGAAGCUAGCCGCAGAGAAUACAAAAGGCAACACGGCACCUGCUUCGUUGUUUCCAGAGCCGUGGUUGAGCGUGGAGGGUAUCAAGAAGAAAUUCGAGGAGGCUGGGUUCAACGACAGCACUUUUGAGACCCAGGAGGCGUUCAUGGCUAUCGACGACCCUGCUCCAUACUUCAAUGGGUUUGUAAGAGCGAAGAAUCCGGCUGCGAACCUCUACAUUGGAGGCUAUACGGAGGAGGAGCUUGAUCGGUUCGAGGAAGAAUGGAUUAGGCUGGCUUUUGAGCGGCAUCCAAAGAGUCCGAAGAAGCUGAAGGGCAUUUUCGUUGUCUCGACGGGGAGGAAGUGAUAACUUUGGGACGCGAUUCUUGAUACGGGUAUAUACUAGAAUGCGGAGGGAGGAUCAGUUAUAUGGGUCGCGUGGGAGCACUGCUUCCGCGCCAUUCCAUUAAUAAGUUCUAGUAAAAACACAGUCAAUGGAAAUAACUCAUACAAAC